AUGGCGACUGAACGUUCCCUGGCGGCCCUGCUGCGGUCACUCCAGAUCGCUGCGGAGCCCGAAGAUGCCUACGCAUUACUCCCGGCCUCGACCAGCUUCUUAUCGAUCCUCACGAACCCGUUAAAUGUAACGCUGCUGUCCUCUCAAUUGCUCACGUCUCCUGCGAUCUGGAAUCACCCCGUCGACUUACAAACGUGCCGCCGGAUUCUAAGUGUCUACAAUACGGCCGCCAUCGGUAUCUUGCAGAACGAGGCAGCAGAAGAGCCAAGGACCCCUUAUGCACCACGACGAGGCCUCGAGCGGGAAGCAUGGGUGAAGGCUGUGGUCAACGGAGCGGACGAGAAAUCUCCGCGAUGGAGGCAUCUGCUGUUGCUCGGCGGCGUCUUGCUCGGAUUCGAGGGACAGAACAGGCAGGGACUGCCGUCGCGAAUCCGCAGCAAGGUCGAGUCUGCCCUGGUUAAAGCGACGCAGUUGGCGCUCCAGGAGAGCGAGCCGCUAGAUGGGAUAGCAGGACACUGCAUCACCAUGGUUCUGAAUUAUACUUUCGAGCUGCUGUCGGAUUGGCAACGGAGCCAGCUGGAUUAUGACCGCCUGCUGCCGAUAAUGGUGCAGGCAACAUACUUCUCCGGCGAAGGACUAGACCAUGCAUAUUUUCUAGGCGCCAUCGACCGUGAUGUUGUUGAGGCUCCUGGCAAGAAGUUUAAAUGGUCGUCAAAGUCAACGACGUACAAUCAUGUCAAAGCGAUAUCUUCCAGACCCCUGGUUGCCUCCCUGGGGCCAUUAUCGCGGCUGAUCGCUCAUGCGCUGGAGAAUGUCCGUGAUCCUAAUCUCGUGUCAGACGCGGUCAACUCCAUUUCGGACUUUGUCCGCACCUUGUUGGUUCAAUGGCGCCAGAAUAAAUUGUCUGAGGUCGACCCAUCCGAAGAGACGGAAUUCCUGGAGGAGGAGUCGUUAAAGACAACUAUUCCAGAUCUUUGGCGAUUGCUUCGGGCCUGCAUGUUCUCAGUAGUCAUUAUUUUUCGAGCGGUUCUGGGAAGAGUGCUGAACGAUCCUGCACUUGCUGCUGGCAGCGUCGCCCCGUUCAUUGCAAUGCAAUCUCUACAUAUUCUUCGGAAUCUCUAUUUUAUCACGUCACGCGUCGGCCAAAAUGCCUCCUCUCAGUAUACGUUUGUCAAUCUCGUGGCCAUAGAUAUCCUCACGCAGUAUCCGGAUCUCGCGGAGAACUUUUUGCGGACAAUCAAGCCCGCAGAGUUGGGUCAAAUUCCAGAACAUCCUCUCGAAAGAUGUCUCGACUUGUUCUUCCUCAAUACCGCAGAGCAUUUCACAUUGACUUUACCGCCACAAUCUAACGAGGAGCUUAUCAUUUCGGCUGCGUUGCCCUAUCUCGCUGCUGGUGGUAACAAUGCCCUGCUGGAGAUCUUUGAGGCUGCUCAUAGUGUUGUCCUUGCAGUGUUUGCAGCGCCGCAAAAUGCGGAUGUGGCUGCCAAACAUCUUCCGUUCUACGUGGACAAUCUCUUUGCGGUUUUCCCGCAGAAUCUCUCCGCUCGCCAGUUCCGCCUCGCUUUCAAGUCUGUGGUCCAGAUAACCACGCCUCCCUCGCCCCUUGCCAGUAGCCAACCCCUCCUAGCGUCUACUCUCCUUGAGCUUGUGCAUGAUCGAGCGUAUCAUGCGUCGUCAACCGUGCUGCCACCAACCCCUCAAGCAUCAGCAGGGAAAGAGGAUGCUGCCAAUUCAACGCCGCUUUCCGAGCAAGCAGCCCUGACUCUCGCCCUCAUCGACUCUCUCUCCUUGCUCCGCGUCGACGAUCUGGAAGAGUGGCUUCCCCUGACAGCGAAGCUCAUCAACUCGAUCCAGGACUCCGGCAUGAGGAACACCUGCGUCGAGCGCUUCUGGGACGCGCUGAGCAGCGGCGAGAUGGACGUUCAGCGCGCCAACUUUUGCGUGACGUGGUGGAGCACGCGCGGCGGGCGGGAGCUCGUCCUCUUCGGCGAGCAGCAGCAGCAGCAGCAGCAGUCGUCCCACGAAGAGGCGGUCAUGAGCGGAGGACUAGGUCCGGUGGCUCCCGAGAGCAAACUAUGA